AUGACAUACACGAUUAUCACGGCUGAUCCGACUUUGACGCUGACGGCGACCGCUCCUGUUGAGCGCAGAAUGAAGGUUGACGGUAGCGACGCUGCCUUUGGUGAUUGGAGGGAUGACCUCGUCAGAGAUGGAUACGCUGUCAUCAAGGGCGCAAUCCCUACUGAGAGGGUAGAGGGAUACGCUGACCGGAUGUACUCACUCAUUGAGGGCUUCGGUCUCGGAUACGACCGUAACGAUCCAUCUACAGUCCACCCAGACAAGCUUCCAGUCAUCACUGAGAAGGGCAUGCUCUUUACCUAUGCUGCUUGCCACGAGGACUUUGUAUGGGACAUCCGCAGCGAACCCCGCGUCAUCGAAGCCUUCGAAAAAGUGUACCAGGACAAGGAUCUCAUCGUGUCCUUCGACGCGAUCAACUACGGCUUUGCCAACCGCACAAACCUCCCAAAGAACUCGCCCUGGCCGCACCAAGACCAAGACCCCGAGAAACCCGGAUUCCGCUGCCUUCAGGGCCUCGUCAACUUGCACAACGCAGGCCCAAACGAUGGUGGCUUGAUCGUCUGCAAAGGAAGCCAUCUUCUUAGCGAGCAAUUCCAUCACGAUAUGAAAGAUGAAGAGCGCAUCCCAGCCUGGACGCCAGAAUGGUACGGAUACACUGACGCGGGCAUGAAAUGGCUCGAAGAGCACGGCUGCACCUGGUACAAGGUCGAGGCAGAGGCUGGCGACUUGAUUGUGUGGGACUCGAGAACAGCGCACUACAACGUGCCUACCUCCUCGGAUGUUGACCGUCUGGCUAUCUACACUUGCUAUAUGCCAGUAUCGGACGCGACUCAGGAAGAGUUGAUCCGGAAGAAGGAUGCCUUCGACCACCGUGUCGGUACGACACAUUGGCCCAACGCGAGGAAUGUGGGUUGGAACGAAGCGAAGAGGAACGGAGUGUUGGAUACUAUUCAGAGAAGCCGGCCUUCGAGGGAGCCUCAGUUGAGUGAGCGGGCUUUUAAGUUGACUGGUAUUCCGUACAUCAAGGCCUCGGCGUGA